GGAGGAGCGGUGCCUAACGCGGAAGUUGCUGCUGAAGAGGCGGGUCUCCAGAGUACGGCUCUCCAGUCUGACCAAUCACCGCGCGAAGCACGGAGAUUGGCAUCUCUGCUAUCCAAUCGCAGUGCGGUGCGCUGUGAUCUGGAGCCUCGGAGAUGUCGCUCCGCGCCGUGCUGAGGGCCGUCGCCUCGCUGCCGCGCUGCAGCACGGGCCCGCUCCUCCCGCCCCCCGCGCCCUCCUGCCCCAUGGCCACCCUGAACCAGCUGCACCGGCAGGGCCGUCCCGCGCCCCCUCCCCGCCACCUGGGGCCCACGCUGGGCCGGCCGCAGCUCAAGGCCGUGGUGCUCAAGAACCUGAUCCGCAAGCCCAAGAAGCCCAACUCGGCCAACCGGCGCUGCGUGCGCGUGCGGAUGAGCGGCGGCCGCGAGGCCGUGGCCUUCGUGCCCGGCGAGGGCCACGGCCUGCAGGAGCACCACAUGGUGCUGCUGCAGGGCGGGCGCACGCAGGACCUGCCCGGCGUCAAGCUCACCGUGGUGCGCGGCAAGUACGACUGCGCCCACGUGCAGCCCAAGAAGUGAGCGCGGGACCCCCGGAGACCCCGGCCCGGCGUGGGGGUCCUGGGGUCACCCCUCAGGAGGGGAUGGGAGCGGGCCGGGGGUGUGAAAUCGGGAUUAAAGCGGAUUUGGUGAUG